AAGGCGACACUGAAAUGAACUUCGCGAGAAAGCUCCAGUUAAUGAUCCCUUGGGAUAGAUUGUUGCUUCACAUACUGCUGUUUUCAUUACAAGGAUACAUUCAUGCAUCGGUUAUCUUCUUUUUGUUUUCUUCCAGAAACGGGUUUAAUGAAAAUCAGCAGAAAAGAGCUCUUUUAACAGCACAGUUGGAAGCAACUUCCCCGAGAUAUUAUUUUCAUGAAGCUAUUAACUGGGGUGAGAGCAAAAUAAAAGGUUCUUGUCCUCAAGAAUGCCUUAACGGAGCUUUCUGUUCUAAGUCUGGUACAUGUGACUGUCAAAUAUUUCAGGCUCUUGGGACAAGGUGCCAGAUUGUCCCAAACAUGGGCAAUGCCAGAGAUGGGAUUUGCAAAACCUGGGGACAGUACCACUUUGAAACAUUUGAUGGCAUCUACUACUACUUCCCAGGAAACUGUUCUUAUAUUUUGGCUAAAGACUGUGGUAAUUUGGAGCCCCAAUACACUGUCUGGGUUCAUAAUAGCCCUAGAUGCCUUGGUUCAGUAUAUUCCUGCUAUCGGUCUAUCAGUUUAUUCUUUUCAAACCAAGAAGAAAUUAGAAUUUAUGGCCAUGAAAUAAAAAAAGAUGGGACAAGUUUAACAUUGCCUCAGACGAUUGGACAAGUUUUCAUUGAGAAGCUGGCCGAUUACAUUCUGGUGAAGACCACCUUUGGUUUUUCAUUGGCUUGGGAUGGGGUAUCUGGAAUUUACCUCAAGUUAUCUAGGGAGCAUAAGGGGAAACCAUGUGGCCUAUGUGGGAACUACAACGACAUUCAAUCUGAUGAUUUUAUAAUCGUACAAGAGGACUACACAGAAGACAUUGCUACCUUUGCCAAUAGUUGGUCAGUGCAAACUCCAGACAACACUAAGUGCAUACCCGUACCAUCAGAUUUUCCAAAUCCAUGCUCCAGUGGAAUGCCAGCAUUUGAGGCCAUCUUCUUCAAGUGCCAGAUCUUGUUGCAGUUCCCUUUUCUGAGCUGCCACGAAUACAUUGAUCCAUAUUUGUAUAUUGCCAGCUGUGUUAAUGAUCUUUGCAAAACUGAUGAUGAUGAAACCUAUUGUCGGGCAGCCACCGAGUAUGCCAGAGCCUGUUCUCAUGCUGGCUACCCCAUUCAAGACUGGAGAGAGGACUUCUCAGCAUGCACUGAUAAAUGUGAUGACAGUUUUGUCCACCGGGAUUGCAUCAGUUGUUGUCCACCCACCUGUACGUUUGAGAAGCAGUGUCUGGGGAGCAACCUUCAUUGUCUUGAUGGCUGUUACUGCCCCGAUGGACUUAUAAUGGAAAAUGGAACUUGCAUUUCCUUGGAAAAUUGCCCAUGUACGUUUCAUGGAUUAGCUUAUUCAGUUGGUUCAAAAAUUGAACAAGAAUGUACUGAAUGUGUAUGUGUUGGUGGAGUUUGGAACUGCACUGAACAUGACUGUCCAGUUCAAUGCUCUGUUGUGGGUGAUUCUCAUUUUACCACCUUUGACGGGCGACAUUAUUCAUUUCUUGGCAUGUGCCAGUACAUCCUUGUGAAAGGAACUGGAAAGGAUAAAUUCACAAUUACCUUACAGAAAGCUCCCUGUGAACAGAACCUUGGCUUGAUCUGCCUUCAGUCUAUAACUCUAAUCCUGGAGGAUGAUUUUAACAAACAAGUGACUCUCAGUAGGGGAGGACAAAUCCUCACCAGCCCCAACCAAGGAUUCAGUCUGAAAGGAAUUGUUGAAAUUCAGACUCUGUCAUCCUUAUUUAUUCUUCUAAAAACCACAUUUGGCUUAAAGAUACUGUUUGCUAUAGAUGGCGAAAGAAUUUAUAUUCAGCUCACUAGUGCAUGGAAAAGAAGGACGUUGGGUCUGUGUGGCACUUUCAAUGGGAAUAUUAGGGACGAUUUUCUCUCUCCAUCUGGCAUGAUAGAAGGAACCCCACAGCUUCAUGCAAAUGCAUGGAGAGUCUCUACUACUUGCUUUGCACCUGUGCAUGUCCCAGUGGUUGACCCCUGUAACAUUAAUCAACAGAACAUUGGAUAUGCAGCGCACUGUGAUGUCAUCCACCAGGAGCUCUUUGCUCCUUGCCAUGUCUACAUCAGCCCUGGGCUGUACUAUCAGCUAUGCCGCCACGAUGCAUGCAAGUGUGGAAGUGCCUGCCUGUGCAAUGCUCUUUCUCAUUAUGCCUACCUCUGUGCCCAGCGUGGUAUUCCUAUUGAUUUCAGAGCUCAGAUUUCAUUCUGUGCUGUCGUGUGCCAGAAGGGGAUGCUGUACCAUCUCUGCUCCUCGUUUUGCCGUCAUUCCUGCACUUCUCUCUCUUCCCUGGAGCAGUGUAAUGAUGACUGCGCUGAAGGCUGUAAUUGUCCGGAAGGCAAAUUCUAUGAAGACACGCUUAACUUUUGUGUGCCCAUAUCUCAAUGCAGGUGUCAUUAUAGGGGCAGCGUCUAUCAACCGGGAGAGCUCAUUCCAACCCCCACAGGCUUAUGCCAGUGUUCAAAUGGGACUGUAGAAUGUGAUGAAGCAGCAACGCCCUCUGCUGUUCACGUCUGCCCAGAGGGAAAACAGUACUUUGACUGCAGAUUUCCUGACCCCGACUUACCAGCUGGUGGUGUGAAUUGUGAGACAACAUGUGCAAAUCUGGCCAUGAAUUUCACUUGUGCCCCAUCCUCACCUUGUAUAAGUGGCUGUGUUUGUGCUCCAGGGAUGGCAGAGCACAAAGGAAAAUGUUAUGUUCCUGAAAGUUGCCCGUGUAUCUGGAAAGACUGGGAAUAUCUCUCUGGGGAAGUGAUUACUACACCAUGUUACACCUGUGUUUGUCGACGAGGAAUGUUCAAUUGCACAUAUUAUCCAUGUCCAGCAGUGUGCACAGUGUAUGGGGACCGGCAUUAUCAUUCUUUUGAUGGACUGGAAUAUGACUAUAUCAGUGAUUGCCAGGUGUUUUUAAUCAAGAGUACGGAUGAGUCAGAUAUAUCUAUCAUUUCGCAGAAUAAGAAGUGCUUUGACAAUGAUAUUGUCUGUUCUAAAAGUGUUUUGAUUUCAAUUGGUGACACUGAAAUUUACCUGAAUGAUGCUUCUUACAAACAGAAGCGAUCAGGUUUUUUUCUGGAAAGCAAUCCCACAUACCAGCUUUGGAGGGCUGGGCACUACACAGUCGUGUACUUUCCAGAAGAAGAUAUCACUAUUCUUUGGGAUAGGAAAACAACUAUUCAUAUCAAAGUUGGACCGCAGUGGAAGAACAAGCUAUCAGGAUUAUGUGGAAAUUUUGACAAAUGUACUUCAAAUGAUAUGACCACAUCUAAUAAUCUGGAAGUAAGAAAUGCUCAGGUGUUUGGAGACAGCUGGGCACUAGGACAGUGUGAAAGUCCAGAUGAAGCCAUGAAACCUUGCGAGGCACAUCAAAACAAAUUUCCUUAUGCCAAGAGAGAAUGCUCCAUUUUGUACAGUGAUGUUUUUGCUCCUUGUCGCAAUGUGAUUGAUGUUACAUCUUUUGCCAAAAACUGUCAUGAAGAUACAUGUCAGUGUAACCUUGGUGGGGACUGUGAAUGUUUGUGCACUAGUAUUGCAGCCUAUGCAUACAAGUGCUGUCAGGAAGGAGUGUCGAUCCACUGGCGAUCAUCCACUGUUUGCUCGCUUGACUGUGAAUAUUACAAUGAAGGACUUGGUGAAGGACCAUACAUGCUUGCAAGUUACGGGGAGACUGGUCUUAUUAUGGGGGCCAAUAUGACGAGUAGGAGCAUUUUCUCUUUGCCAAGAAGUAGUGUUCAUGGAAAUUUGGUUUUUAAUUUUAUGAUCACUCCAGGUCUUUUCAAAGAAAAGGCAUCAUCACUGGCACUCGUUUCCUUGGAAUCUGCUGAAAGGCCGAACUACUUUCUCUAUGUCCAUGAUGAUGAUUCUCUUAGUUUGGAGCUGUGGAAGGCAAGCCCAGCCUUUCAGCACAGAGCGACGUUCUUCCACCAUCAGGGGCUCUGGGUUCCUGGCUAUAGUGCAUUUGAAUUAUACAGCAAGAAAGGCUUUUUUCUCAUCUUCACCCAUUUUGGUAUCAAAGCAUCAAAAUAUGAUGAUUCUGAAGAAUUUAAACAUUCAAGUAGCUUCAGCAUAGAAGAAAUCCAGGCAGCAGUCCCUUACAGGAGGAUGUGCGAAUGGAGAUAUGAACCUUGUGCCACGCCGUGUUUUAAAACGUGUAGUGACCCCGAAGCUCUAGCAUGUAAAUUUCUUCCACCGGUUGAAGGAUGCUUACCUUACUGCCCCAAAAAUAUGAUUCUUGAUGAAGUCACCCUGAAAUGUGUUUAUCCAGGAGACUGCAUAUCUCUGACUGCCACAGAACCAGCAUUACUGCCACCAGAUAAGCUGACUGUUCCUAUGUUGACAGUGUGGAAAAUGAUAACUCCAUCAGAUAUCACUGUGUUCGACAUGCUAACUCCAACACCAGGGUUGGAAUGUGAGCCUUUGCAAUUUGAUCCUGCUUAUAAUUGCAGCCAAUAUAUAUGCCUUCAUAUGGAGUGGACAUUUUACAACUGGUCUCUCAAUUGCCCGAAGGCCUUGGAAAUGCCUGACUGUGGUUUCCGGGGAAGGCCUGUUCAAGUGAACAGGGAUAUCUGCUGUCCUGAGUGGGAAUGUCCUUGUAGAUGUUCCAUGUUGUCAGAACUGAGCAUCGUUACCUUUGAUGGGAAUAACGCAGCAUUAUACAGUAUGGCUUCUUACAUCUUAGUAAGAAUUCCUGGGGAAAUUAUAGUUGCUCAUAUUGAAAAAUGUUCCACAAAUCAGAAUGGAAAUUCAUUUAAAAAGCUAGCUUCCUCUGGAAGAAUCUCUGGACUUUGCUUUAAAAAGUUAAAUGUGACAACAUCAAUACAUAAAAUACUUGUCAACCGAAUAGCAAGAAGGGUAGAAGUAGAUUCUAUCUCUGUACCUUUGCCCUUUUCACAUCAAGAUCUGUCUAUAGAGGAUUCUGGUACAAUGUACGUUCUCACUACUCCGGCUGGACUAGUCAUAAAGUGGGCCCAUCUUACAGGAAUCAUAGACAUUCAUUUUAGUUCCCGAUUUAACUUGUCAUCCUACACAGAAGGACUUUGUGGGAUUUGCAAUGAAGACCCAGAUGAUGAUUUAAGGAUGCAAAAUGGCACCAUCAUUAUGAACAUGGAAGACAUGGCAUUGUUUAUUGAGAGCUGGGAAAUUGAGAAAUCGUUUGAAAUGACAACAAGAAGACCUGUGAGGGAUUGUAGUGAGCAUGACUGCAGUGACUGCAUUGAGUUAUUAAACAGAAGAGCUUUCAUUCCAUGCCAUGAUAAAGUUUCACCAAAGGACUUUUGUGAGAAGAUGUGGAUCAAUUAUACGUAUUUUUGGAACUACGAGUGUGAUGCACUUUCUGCAUAUGUGGCUUUGUGCAAUAAGUUUGACAUCUGUAUCGAGUGGAGAACACGCGAUUACUGUUCUCUGAAUUGCCCGGAGGGGAAAGAAUAUCAGCCCUGUGUGCAACCUUGUGAUGCAAGAACGUGUCUGAACAAGUGGUUCUAUGAACACUCGUCGUGUUUGCAUCUAAGAGAAGACUGUGUGUGCAAAAACGGAACAAUUCUUCACAGACCGGAUUCAACUCAGUGCAUUCCAGAGAAAGAAUGUGCAUGCACUGAUAGGGAGGGCCAACCGCGCACCGCUGGGGAGAUUUGGAAUGGGGGUGUUGACGAAUGUGCCCUGUACAAAUGUCUGGAAAAUGGAAGCAUAAUCCCCGUAGAGCCCGACUGUGAUGACGAGCCCUCGCCAGUGUGUCAACGGGAAGCUGAAGUCGUCAUGGGCAUCACAGAUAGACUGACUUGCUGCUCAAAGGAAAUUUGUGGGUGUGACAUGACUUUGUGUGGUACUGCCAUCCCAACAUGUACAGACAGACAGAAGCUGAUUGUUGGCUAUAGUGUUCUUUCUUGUUGUCCACAGUACAAAUGUGAAUGUGACACAUUGAAAUGCCCCAAUAUUUCAACACCAGAAUGCAGAGAAGACCAAUUUAUGAUUCAAGUUCAAAGGGAAGAACCUUGUUGCUUUUACCCUUCCUGUAUCUGUGAAACUUGUACUGAACCCAUUCCACAAUGUACUGAUGGGGAAUUUCUCACAGUGAACCUUAACACCACAUACUUCUGUUGUCCUCAGUAUUACUGUGUGUGUGAACCAAACCUUUGUCCUUUACCAUCACUACACUGUGCAGAAGAUAUGAAUCUUGUCAAAGAAAAUAUACCUGGUCAAUGUUGUCCAACGUGGCAUUGCGAAUGUAACUGUGAAAACCUCGUUGUACCAACUUGUGAAGUGGGAGAAUUCAGUACAGAGGACCCCAACUUUCAGAGUGACUGUGAAUGUGUACAGUAUGUCUGUGAAAAGGAUGAUGUGUGUGUGUUUCAAGAAGUAUUUGUCUUGAAUCCUGGACAAUCUAUGAUAAAGUAUUUGGAAGGAAACUUCUGUUACACAGUAGAUUGCCUAGAAGAAAAAGAUAACCAGACAGGUUUUCAUAUUUUGAAUUUUACAAUGGUGAAUUGCUCAAAAGAAUGUGAUGUGCACCAGCUGUAUACCCCAGCCACAAGUGAUUAUGAUUGCUGUGGUAGCUGCAAAAAUGUAUCCUGCAAAUUUCAGAUGGAAAAUGGAACAUCAGUUGUAUAUGAGGAAGGGAGUACCUGGCAUUACAAUUGCACCACAUACGAAUGUGUUAAGACUGAUGAGGGGACAUUGAUUUUGAACUACAGCAUGGUCUGUCCCCCCUUCAACGAGACUGAAUGCAAAAUGAAUGAAGGAAUUAUAACACUUUAUAAUGAAGGCUGUUGCAAAAUCUGCAAACGUGAAGAAAGAAUGUGCCAGAAAGUGAUCAUUAAAUCUGUAAUAAGGAUACAGGAUUGUGUGAGCCGAAGCUCCAUAAGUGUUGCAUCUUGUGAUGGAAAAUGUCCAUCAGCUACCAUAUAUAACAUCAAUAUGGAAAGUCACCUAAGAUUCUGCAAGUGUUGUCGGGAGCACGGAGUGCGAAACUUGACCGUGCCUCUAUAUUGCUCAGGAAAUGGCACUGAAAUUAUGUACACUCUCCAAGAACCCACAGACUGCACAUGCCAAUGGAAUUAAACUCAUUGUUUCCAAGAAAAUUGACAGCAGAGUAAUGUCAAAUGCAAUGAGUUUAUCACUUUUUAGGGACUUAGCAGAUUGAUACUGCUAAACAACAAUGUAUUUAGGGGGAUUUUAGGUUAUGGCUAUUUAAUAGUUGGUACAAAAUACAUACAACUUCAGUGACAGAAUUUGUGUUAUUGUUUUACUGUACUGUAGAAAAGCAAAUGGGCUGAAAUUUUUCAGCAGAAAUGCUUUUAUUCAUUUAAUUACAACAUGAUGCAGAUGUGGAAUAUUUUCACUUAGAUUAAUUUGUAGAAUUCUUUUAGUUUCAUCCAAUAGUUAUUUCAUUUGCAGUGUCUGCUGUAGCUUUCCAAGUUAGGAUAUGCUUAAUGUUCUAUUACUUAAUACGGUGAGUAUGAUAAGUUAAAAGGAGAAAAAAGCCACAAAGGAUGCUUAGAGUCAGAUUGUAGAACUAAGAGAUUUGAGAUUAUUUAAAAUCUGAAUGGAUAGUAGUGAUGUUUUUGCAAAUUCUCCUCAUUUUACAGAUUUAAUAGAUAACCAGGAAAGUCAUGCCUUGUACAUAUUAAUUAACAAACAAUACGGUCAAUUGUGUU